CCUCAGACCACCACCUCCACUUCACCCUCAGCGGCGCACUUCCACCAUGGCGCCUGCUCCGACGCUCGAUGCCGCCUCGGCUGCGGCGCUCGAGAAGCUCGCGCUGCCGGCGCCCAAGCUCGUCGAGCUCUCGCGCCCCAACAACGCGGCGCAGCUGCGUGCGCUGUGCGAUGCCGUUGAGCACCUGCAGCUGCAUGCGCGCAGCGGCGAUGCCGACGCAGAGGGCCUCGAGGCAAAGACGAUCAACCUCGUCAUUGUCGCUGCGGCGGCAAAGGCGCAGCUCAGCGAGGCCAAGCGGCGCUAUCUCAUUGCGCGUGUCGCAGACGGCAGCCUGGACGGUGCCGACCGGGUCGAUGCCGCGUCGAAGUACCUUGCCAGCACCCCGAGCGACAAUGUGGACAAGGCCGAGUUCGAUCGCGAGUGCGGCGUUGGCGCGACGGUGUCGGAGGAGACGAUCGCGGCGCACGUCACGCGCGUGCUCGAGCCACUGCGCACCGGUCCCAGUGACGGCGACGCAGCUGCGGCAGUGUGGGGACAGCAGUCGGCCCUGAUGGCCUCGCUGCGGGCGGAGCCGGAGCUGCGCUGGGCUCCGGCCGUCGCCGUCAAGACGGCACUGGAGAAGGAGCUGGAGAAGAGCUUUGGCAGCCGCAACGAGGCGAUGAGGCGGGCGAGGGAGAAACAGGCUGCUGAGGUCAAGGCGGCCAAGGCAGCGAAGGCUGCCAAGCCAGCCAAGGAGGCGGCCGCCGCUCCGGCAGAGGCCGACCCUGAUGCCAUGUUCCGCGAGGGCUUCCUCUCGCGCCUGCAUGCGCCUGGCGGCAACCCGCAGCAGAAGGAUGCACUGCGGGAGCAGCACCUCAAGGCCACGGGCGGCCGCGUCUUCACGCGCUUCCCGCCGGAGCCGAACGGCUACCUGCACGUCGGCCACAUCAAGGCCAUCGCGGUCGACUUUGGCUACGCGCGCUACCACGGCGGCCAGUGCUACCUGCGCUUCGACGACACCAACCCCGAAGCCGAGUCAGAAGAGUACUUUGAGGCGAUCCUCGAGAUGGUGCGCUGGCUCGGCUUCGAGCCGUUCAAGAUCACCUACUCGUCAGACUACUUUGACCAGCUCUAUGCGCUUGCCGUCGAGCUGAUCCGGCGAGGGAAGGCCUACGUCGACCACUCGACGCCCGAGGAGAUCAAGCAGGGCCGCGGCGGCGAGGAGCGCGGCCCGCGUGUGGCGAGCAAGUGGCGCGACCGUCCCGUCGAAGAGUCGCUGGCAGACUUCGAGGCGAUGCGCGACGGCAAGUUCCCGCCGGGCAAGGUGACGCUGCGCAUGAAGCAGGACCUGCUCGGCAGCGGCAACCCGCAGAUGUGGGACCUCAUCGCCUACCGCGUGCUCGAUGCGCCGCACCACCGCACGGGCACGCGCUGGAAGAUCUACCCGACGUACGACUUCACGCACUGCCUGGUCGAUAGCUUCGAGAACAUCUCGCACUCGCUCUGCACCACGGAGUUCAUCCUCUCGCGCGAGUCGUACGAGUGGCUGUGCGACGCGCUCGACGUGUACAAGCCGCGCCAGUACGAGUUUGGCCGCCUCGCGCUCGAGGGCACCGUCACGUCGAAGCGCAAGAUCCUCAAGCUCGUGACGGAGAGGCACGUCAACGGCUGGGACGACCCGCGCCUCUUCACGAUGAUGGCUCUGCGGCGGCGAGGCAUCCCGCCGGGCGCGCUGCUCUCUUUUGUCAACCAGCUCGGCGUCACGACGAGCCCGGCCACGACGUCGAUCCAGCGCUUCGAGCAGGCGGUGCGCCAGUACCUCGAGAUGCAGACGCCGCGGCUGAUGAUGGUCGUGCGGCCGCUGCGCAUCGUGCUCGAGAACGUGCCCGAGGACUUUGUCCUGCAGCUCGAGCGGCCACUGCACCCGAAGAACCCGGCCAUGGGCACUGCGCGGGUGCCCUUUGCGCGCGUCAACUACAUCGAUGCGUCGGACUUCCGCCCCGUCGACUCGCCCGACUACUUCCGCCUUGCGCCGGGCAAGACGGUCGGCCUGCUCAACGCGCCCUUCCCGGUCACCUGCACGUCGUGGGUCGAUGCGGCCGGCGCGACGAGCGGCGAGCCCGUCGAGGUGCGCGUGCGCUACGAGGACCCAGCACACGGCGGCAACGCCCAGGCGCGCUCCAAGACGUACGUGCAGUGGGUCGGCGAGCACGCGCCGUCGGGCUCGCCCGUCGUCAUCGACGAGGUGCGCACCUACGAGCGUCUCUUCACGGUCGACAACCCGGCCGGCGAGGCCAACUUCCUCGACACGAUCAACCCCAACUCGCUGCAGGUCAUGCAGGGCGCCAUGAUCGAGACGGGCUUCUGGCACGUCGCUGCGCUGGCCCUGCGCGAGGCACGCAAGGUGGCCGAGAGCCGCACCAAGGCUGCGCAGGAGGAGGCGCACCGCGCCACGGCUGCUGAGGAGUCGGCCAUCGCUGCCGGCAGCGUCGGAGCCACGCACACGGGCGACGGCGCUCCGACGCGCAAGGCGGACCAGCUCGUCGGCAACGAGGUGGUGCGCUUCCAGGGCAUGCGCAUCGCCUACUUUGCGCUCGACAAGGAGAGCAGCCUCGAGUGCCUGCGCGAGGGCGCCGCGGCCGACGCUGCGCCGCGCAAGGGCACGAGCGACCGCCUCGUGCUCAACCGCAUCGUCACGCUCAAGGAGGAUUCGGGCAAGAGCGGCGCUGAGGCGCCCAAGAAGUAGACGUCACGCGGCGCGCAAAUAGAGGGCAGUGCCUGAUCUGAGUGAGAGCGGCCGCACGGCACAGACGUGACCGGGAGACGCUUCGGAUUGCAGUGGGCAUGCGAUGGGGUAAAUCGAGGGCGCUGAAGAGACAAGCAUCGGGCAUGCAGCGAAUACAAGUGAGGCAGAGAGGAGACAGCAGGGAAUCCGGCACGAGGAAGACACGGUCUGCGCGAAGAGGAAAGAAAAGAAGAGG